GAAAUUAUCUAUUGAAACGAGGUCGCCUAAAUAAGGAUAUGACAUCAUUAAUAUUCUUAAGUAAAGUUAAAUUUACCACACCUUUGCCACUUAGCUAAAACCAGUUAGUUUAGAGAAAAGAGGUAUAGUAGACUUUGGAAGGCAGUAACACGCGUUUCAAAUCCAUAAAUUCUUUUGUUUAUUUGUUAGAGACUUAUACUUCUUUCGUUUUGUAUAUUCUCUGAUACUGGAAUUUGGGACGUAAGUUAAUUGUUCGGGUCUUUACCACUUUUAUGGUUUUUUUUUUAGAGAAUCUAUAUCCAUACUUUUAGCAUAUAUAGAGCAGGAUCCUUUUUUCCCUUUUGCGUUAGGUUGUUGCGUUCCACUUCACUCCUUUUUCGAACACUAUAAAAUCUCCUUAAAUAAAGUAAGGGUGGAAUCAUUAUCUUUGUUUCAUUGUUUCUUCAUCCAACUGCUUUCCGUCUGCUUUGUGCUUGGUUUUAAAACUUUUGUUUUCUUCCUGUUGUUUUAGGUGGUUUUCCUUUGGUUUUAAUUUCCUUUAAUAUAUUGUGUCUCUAAUAGACUCUCAUAUCUUGAUAUCCCUUCUCUUAUAGACGUUACUCAGCUUUCUGGUUUAAUUUUUCUUUACUUUUACUUUUUUUUCGUGAAGUAUAACCAAUUAACCUUAUUUAUACGAAAACUCCCUUUAUUCUUGGUUGUUUAUUCUUCCUGCAAUUCGUUCCCUUGGUUUACUAUAGAAAAUGAGUACUCCUUCGAAUAAUCAAGGGGCUGCGAAAAAUGGUCAUGAGCCGCAUCACUCUGAUGAACUCUCACUUCCUGAAUAUACCAAUCAGGAUCCCAAUCCCCAAUAUUUGCCGGAGCAGCAAACUAUUGAAGAAGACGUUCCUCCUACUCAGCAUGAGCUAGAAAGUGAGCUCGAGAGACUGCACCCCGAUGAAAGUCCAAGCUCGACUCCUGCUCGCAAUAGUCGCCCCGCAUCUACAGCGUAUUCGACCGCUUCUACGGCCUCUCACAUGAGUAUUGAAGACGAAAAUCAAAUUUUGAACGCAGAGAUGUCUGUUCGCUCUCAAUCUCUUCGUCGUCGUAGCACAGGUAGAAGCAUUCGUAGUUCUACCCGUCGUUCUAAAAGAAGUGUUAGUCGAAAAUCAAGUAAAUCGAAGAAGUCAACUGACAAUGAACAGGAAAAGUCUCCUGUUGACGACGAACAUCGUCAGUUGGAUAACUUUGGUCUUGUCGAGUUCAGCACAGAGGCUCCCAUUAGUGCUCCUGAACAUCCUAUUACUAUUUUCGGCCGGAUGUUCAAGGUUGUUCAAAACCAAAGCUUCUUUAUUCGUUCCAUGAUUUAUAUACUUCCUAUCGGAGUCUUAUUGCUGAUUCCCAUCUUUGUUGGUCGGUUCUAUCACCAUGAUACAGGCGAAGAGUACGGCAAUCAGACUCGUUGGCUUCAUAUUGGUGGUGUUCAGCUGAUGUGGAUGGGCAUUUGGUGGGAAAUCAUAUGGCUUACUUUGUGGGCAGGUCGCUUUGCUGCAAAGUUACUUCCUUUCAUUUUUGCAUUUUUCGUGUCUUUUGUUAGUAACAACGUUACCAAGUGGAAAUGUAUGGCAGUAGCUUUGGAGUUUCCUUUGACGCUGUUCCUUUGGAUGAUGGCUUGUUAUGUAAGUUUUCUCCCAAUCAUGACUCGACACCAUGUCGGAGACGGCGGUGUGUUGGAUGCGCAAAAGACAUCUAAAGGAAAGCGAACUCAGUUAGAUUGGGAAAAGAGUGCGAAUAAUGUACUUAUUUCUCUUUUUAUUUGCUCCAUUAUGAAUCUGAUAGAAAAGGUCUUGAUGCAACUGAUUGCAAUGUCUUUACACAGACGUCAGUACGAAUCUAGAAUUCUGUUUAACAAAUUCGCUAUAAAUGAGUUGGCUCGGCUUUAUGAAUAUGCUAGAACUCGGUCCUUUGAUUUCAAUGAUGCCAUUCAUCGUGCUAAGAAGACUGGUGUCUUCAACUUUGCAGAAAAGGAUCGCGGUGGGAAGACGGUGAAUACUGCCGCUCGAGUUGCACAAAAUGCUUUGAAUCAGACAACCUAUAGGGCAAUGGGUGCUUUCAAUUUUGCUCACGAUAUGAUAAAUAAGGUUGCUGGUGAAAUUGCUAAUCGUGAAAUUCAAGGUUCUACUUCACCCAGAAAUGUUGUUCAGCAUUUGCUGAGAACCACUCGGGGUUGCCAAUCGCUAGCUCGUUGUUUGUUCCAAGCUCUGGUGAAAACUGGAAACGUUGAUAUUGUAUUUGAUGAUUUCGUUCCCGUUUAUACAAAUGAAAUCGGUGAAGUAGAAGAAGAAAAAUUAAAUGCAUGUUACAACAUCUUUGAUCGUGAUUUGAAUGGUGACAUUACCUGCGAGGAGAUUGAACUAGCAAUUGUGGAGAUUGGAAAAGAACGUAAGAUCAUUUCAGCUUCUCUUCGUGAUCUAAAUGUAUCCAUUGGCAAAUUGGACGCAAUUUGUAUGUUCUUUGUGGCUUUGAUUACUUUGUUUAUUUUCCUAUACUUGAUUGCUCGCAACUUUAGCGGUGUCUUGACUUCUGCUGGUACCUGGUUAUUGGGUCUUUCUUGGCUUUUUUCCAGUUCUGCGGUUGAAUUGCUUAAUUCUAUUAUUUUUGUUUUCGUUAAGCAUCCUUACGAUGUCGGUGACCGCAUCAGUGUCUUGAUUAAUGGUGUGGUUACGCCUGCUAUAGUGAAGGAGGUCGCCAUUAUGUCUUCAGAAUUUCGUUUGCUAACAGGUGAAAUCAUUCAAGCACCAAACAACUUAUUAAACACUUUAUGGAUCACGAACAUGCGCCGUAGUGAUGGAAUUUCCGAUCCAAUUACUGUCAGUUUGAAAUUCGGUACUACUUUGCAACAGAUUGAGGCGCUUCGUGUCAAAUUAAUUGACUUCUUGAAAGAGGAAAAGCGAGACUAUAAGCCGGAUUUGCUUACUGAGGUAACUGAUUUCCCCAAUUUAUAUUCUAUGUCAUUGCUUGUUGUUUUCUUCCACAAAUAUAACUUUCAAGAUGAAAUUCUGAGAAUGAGACGCCGUAACAUGUUCAUGUGUGCUUUGAUGACUUACCUUCAAGAGUUGGAUAUUGUGUCUCCUAUUAACAACUCUCCUGGUAAGACAAAGGAAUCACCUAUGUUCAUCAACGUUGGUGGUGGUAACGUUGGCGGUAGUACCAACCCAUUCGGAUCGAAUCCAUUCGAUAAAAAGUUUGACAAAAGGCCAAGUGAUGGCCCACAAGGGAUUUUGAGAAAUCCCUCAAUAGGCCAACCUUUUCAAGAAGGAUCAUGGAGCUCCACUAACGUAGCUGAUGUGGAAAGACAACCAAGUAAGAAGCGCGUUGAUUUCUCAUUAGGAACUGGUCACAUAGUGAGUGCUAUGGAUGAGGUUGCUGAUAUUGGAAGGACAGAUAAUAAUCGUGAACGUCUACCCGAUGUUGUCAUUGAAAGUGCCGGUACUGAAGCUAUGCGCCGUGAAGCUGAAUUACGUAGGGAACAAGAAGAUGAAGAGGAAGAAGAGGAAGAGGAAGAGAAUGAUGAAUCUGAAAAAUCUUCCCGUAGAUCUGGUCGCUUGAGUCUAUCGUCUCAUGGAAACCGAAACUCUGGCCAGGCUAGUGCACAUACUUCACCUGCUCUACGCAACAUUGCUGUUGAUGAUAUGAGGACUUCUCUGAUAGAUCGAAGCACGACUAGAUCCGCUCAUAUUUAAAGAUUGUAUGUUGAUCUGUCUGACUGAGCCUUUUUAUUAUUAUUUUUUUCUAAUUUGCUUGUUGAGAAAUUUGAGCUUUUAUUUAUUUUAUUUCUAAUAUUUAGGUAUACAUUUUUUAUGAAUUUCGUAUUUACUUCUAAUCAUAUUUAACGGAAGAAUGUUUUAUAAUAAAAUUGAAAGCCAUUCUACUAUUCUGUAAAUGAAUUUCGUUGGCUCUUAACCAGAAGUGAACGUGAACGUUGGAAUGUCUGCUGAAAUUGAAAACAU